CUUCAUGCUGCUCUUCCUCUUUAUUUGUCUGAAAAGCUGAAGUGUAGAAGACGGUAGCCUGACUUGAACUUCCUUCUGUAUGUCCGUAUCACCAUCUUCAAUCUUUAUGUCAGAAUGAGCAGACAUAUCUGUUUUUUCUUUCUGAGACACAAAACAUUUCAUCCUCAAGGAAAUGACCAGUUCUCCAAAUCUUUUUCUGAGGCAACAACAAACUGACGACAAAAAGAUGGAAGAAUACUACAAAGAAUUACAAAAUAGUUGCACCAAGCAACAUUUCUGAGUUGUCUUUAUGUCUGAGAGUUCCGGUUCACUUGCGUCACAUUGUUCUGUGUCUCCUUCAGUCUGGGGCUCUGGCCUCUAUGUGUGUGUGUGUGUAGAUGCAAAUGUUUUAUACAUCAAUUUGUGGAGCUUUUUACUACUCAACCUAAAAUGGAUAAUUUUACAGUGACAGCUGUCCGAUGCAUUAAAAAGUUAAAGUCAUCUAGUGCUCAACAGGUUUUCUUUGGUCCAGAUGUAGAAUCUAAGAUGCAUAUAAAAGUCAAGACCUCCUACAGUCUCAAUAUACUUUCAUCUUCCUAAUUGUAGAAAAAUAUGUUCAAAUAAGGUCAUGGUGUGACUCUGAGGGGUUGGAUGUCAUCAACUUCUCCUCUAUAAAAACGCCCUUCUUUCUGACGGUUGGUAGUGAAGCAGCACCUGAGAGGAAAACAGAAGAGGUGGGUGGGAGCAUCCGUCAGACAUCUUUCUCUACCAAGAAGAUGGCCGGCCGGUGCUGGAUGGCUGUAACACUCUGCCUGUUGCUGUUUGAUGGAAACAGUUUGGCAGCUGUGGACCAGAACCAACUUGCACCAAUUGUAGAUCAGAUCUUGAACAUGUACACACCAAGCUACCAGGGCAGCAAUGGUGUAAGAAGAAACCCAAUGUUCAGCCUGGCAGUAACCAUCCCAUACAACGAAGACACAAAGAAGUAUGACAUCAGUCAACUUGACGAUGGAAGCAGUGUCACGGGGAAGAUUCUUAAUUGUGAAGUGUACACCAGCCCGAGGGUGGUAGCAGCCACAGUUCUGAAAUGGCCCGAAGUUCUGAAACAGUGUCCUGAUGGACCUGUGCAAUGGCCUGAUGUUGUGACAAAAUGUCCAGGGGUUAACACAUGGGCUGAUGUUAAGAGACAGUGUCCUGGUGAAGUUAAGGGUGAAUUGAAGGGUAGAGCAGAUCAUGCAGAGUACCGUACUCUGGAGCACAUUAACACCUUGGACAGUAAACAUUACAAAAAUCAUUUGUUGCUUUUCUAUGUUCUUGCUUCCCCAUGUGAUCAAAGAUGCACAAAUGAAGAAAAUAAUUUGAACAUUCUUAAAAAGAUUCAUGACAUUAAGAAAUGGAAUAACUAUGCUGUUGUGUUUUCCAACAUAUUCAAGCCUCGUAGUGGUCAAGUCAUACCUAAAGAGAGGCUACAGGGAGCCCUCGAGCGACUUGGGGGAUCAAUCGGUCUACAAAACAUAUUCCGUUGCAAUAAACAGGAUGGUAGUAUGCAUUGCACUAGUUGCUCUAGUGAUGAUCAAGUUGCACACUCUUGUGUUUCAGACGAAACAAUGUCGGGUCCCAGCCCUAGCCAGCCCCCCACGCCAUCCACAGGCAGUCAAGGUGGUGUUGAUAAUGGUAGUGAAAAAGAAGAUGAGGGGGCACCUUCUUCACAAGGGAGUCUUGAUAACAGUAAUGAUAAUAACGUAAUUCCAAACGGAGGUGUGCCACCCUCAGAAGGUGGUCCUGAGAAUGAUAUUGAAAAUGGCGAAAUUCCAAAUGGAGGUGCGCCACCAUCACAAGGGGGAAAAUGCAGAGGAAUGAGAAGGCGUAAAGGAUGUAAUGGCAGAGGAACGAGAAGACGUAGGAGGCAAAGAGGCAGAGGACUGAGAAGACGUAGGGGGGGAAAAGGCAGAGGAAUGAGAAGACGUAGGAGGCAAAGAGGCAGAGGAAUGAGAAGACGUAGGAGGCAAAGAGGCAGAGGAAUGAGAAGACGUAAGGGGCGAAAAGGCAGAGGAAUGGGAAGACGUAGGAGGGGAAAAGGCAGAGGAAUGAGAAGACGUAGGGGGGGAAAAGGCAGAGGAAUGGGAAGACGUAGGAGGGGAAAAGGCAGAGGAAUGAGAAGACGCGUAGAGGUGGUGGCAGGCGUAGAGGUGGUGGCAGGCGUAGAGGAGGUGGCAGGCGUAGAGGAGGUGGCAGGCGUAGAGGAGGUGGCAGGCGUAGAGGUGGUGGCAGGCGUAGAGGAGGUUGGAGUUUUGGGGGAUUUGGCAGACGUAGAGGAGGUGGCAGACGUAGAGGAGGUUGGAGUUUUGGGGGAUUUGCUCAACUAG